AUGGACAAGAUUAAGGAGCGCAUGGUCGCCCUCCGCGCCGAGGCCGAUGAGGCUCACGAGCAGGUCGAUGAGCUCAAGACCCGAGUGAAGACACUGGAGCAGGAGAACCUGUCCAAGGAACAAGAGAUCACAUCCCUCAACCACCGCAAUCAGCUUCUCGAGGAAGAAGUUGAGAAGGCCGAGACUGCCCUGAAGGAGGCCAAGGAUGCUGCCAGCCAGAGCCUCCAGCACGACACUCAGAACGAGGCCCUUCAGCGACGAGUGCAGCUCCUCGAGGAGGAGGCUGAGGAGAACGAUAAGACUCUGCGUGAGACAAACGAGAAGCUUCGCCAAACCGACAUCAAGGCUGGUCACUACGAGCGGAAGGUGCAGGCACUCGAAGACCAACAUGCCAAGCUCGAGGAAAGAUACGAGGAGGCAAUCAAGGAACACACCACUGUCAAGAAGGAGCUCGACGACCUCGCUGCUCAGAUGGCCGACAUCUAA